UUAUUGUUUUUAGUAGUACACCUAUAUUUGGGUGGUACAUUUAUAAUAACCAAAUGUAUAAAAACUGUUUAUUUCGGUGAAAGCAUAUAUAAAUAGAGGAUAAAUGAAAAAGAUAAUUAGACUCAUUGUUAAAUUUAAAUUAGUAUAAAAAGGAAAUGUGCAAAUUGAAAUUUGUGUUGAUAGUCUGGAAAAACACUUCUGGGCCAUUUUAAACGGAAUUGAACAAUUGUUGAGGAUGAACCAAUGAAUGACAGGAAAGUGGUUGACAAUACAAUACGUGAAUUAAGGGAAGACUUUUUUAUUAUUUAAUUGAUGUCAGUGGUAGAAAUACUGGAUCAAAAAAGAAUGGACGAAAUAUUUAAUAUUAAGAAUUAGAUCUGAUCUUUGAUUAUCAUGUGUUGUAGUAUAAUUAACUUAAUAUCACAAGUCUGUAUCCAAGGAAGCACCUGUUGUUUGAAGUGUCCAGCUAUUUCCUGUCUUUUCUAAGACAGGUGUCAUCACGGAUAUCACCUUGUCCAAUCACAAUAUGCAAAAAGAUAUAGAAAAAUUACGUAUUUUGGGAGUAAUGCUGCUUCUUUUUUUAAUGUGAUGCAAUAUUAUUAAAACAUCCUGAACUGUUUGGAAUUAUUUACUGCGAUUUAUAGAAAGAGACAAAAAUAGAAAAAAAAUACAUUGACAAAAUGGAAAGUAGAAGAAAUAUAAAGAAGAUGUGGGAACAAUUUUCCUCAGAAUUAGGGUCAAGAAUAGACAGAUGGAGGAAAACUGUUUCACAAAUUGGUCAGAAUGAAAUGUCAGAGUUACAAGCUAUGUCAUUGCGGCUAAUGUCCGGCGGCACAUACGAUGUACGGGCAUCAGAAAUGGCCGCAAACUUCCAGGACAUCCGGCCAAAGACAGUCACAUGUGUUGUUCAUUUCUUGGAUGACAGCCAAGAAGUUUUUGAAGUUGAUAAAAGAGCUAAAGCCCAACAUUUACUAGAUAAAGUGUUUGGACAUUUAGAACUUGUUGAAAAGGAUUAUUUUGGAUUACAGUUCAUCGAUAUAGCUCCUCCUACUGAAGGAGCACCACAUGGUCAUGUGCAAGUCACUUCCUACGCAAUGAGAUGGCUUGAUCCUCUGAAGACUAUAAAGAAACAGUGCAGAGGACCUCCCUUUGAAUUUUUCUUUCGUGUGAAGUUUUAUGUGUCAGACCCCAGCAAACUAGCUGAAGAAUACACUAGGUAUCACUUUUUCUUGCAAGUAAAACGAGAUAUUUUGGAGGGGAGGUUGAUGUGUCCACAGAAUACAGCUAUUUUAUUAGCCAGUUAUGCAGUGCAGUCUGAGCUCGGUGAUUUUAACCCAGAUGAACAUCGGGACAAUUACUUAGCUGAUUACAGAUUUAUACCUAAUCAAACACCAGAAUUUGAAAAACAAGUUUCAGAUCUACAUAAGCAACACAGAGGUCAAAAUCCUGCCGAUGCUGAAUAUAAUUACUUAGAUAAAGCCAAACGAUUAGAGAUGUAUGGUGUGGAUUUACAUAAUGCUCGGUCAAUGAUGAUUGGUGAUGUAGAAACGGGACAAUUCAAUGUUGAUCAGAGCAGUGUUGAUAUACAGCUAGGUGUCACCUCUGUCGGAUUGGUUGUUUUUCAGAACAAUGUUAAAAUCAACACAUUCCCAUGGGCAAAGAUAGUUAAAAUUUCAUUUAAAAGAAAACAGUUUUUCAUUCAGCUACGAAGAGAAGUUAAUGAUUCAGUGGAAAAUUUAAUAGGUUUCAAUAUGAACAGUUAUAGGUCAUGUAAAAAUUUAUGGAAGUCAUGUGUAGAACAUCAUACAUUUUUUCGUUUGUAUGUUCCCAAUCCUCCCUCCAAGAAAGUAUUUUCGUUAGGAUCAAAAUUUCGAUAUAGUGGUAGAACCGAAUACCAGACCUUGGAAGAGAAUAAACGUCGAGCAAAACUUGAUAGAACUUUCAGCAGGUCAUCAUCAAGUAAAGGUUUUGCUCGGCGGACGGUUGGGGGACAUACACGUAACACCAUUAUGGAAGAAAGAAACUUUAUUGAUGGAUAUAGAAAUAUACCAAAAUCUCAAACAUUUUCUGGAACAAACAAUAGUGCGAUGACUGUCAAUCAUUCGAUCAAACGUUACGAUGGUGUUAAUAAUCAAACCAGAGCAACGUUACCACAUGAUUAUAAAGUUGGAUCAUCAUCAAGGGCAUCUAUCCACUCAGAGAAAUCAGACGAUGAUGGUGGAUUCCUCUCACAUAAUGCACCCAAAGAUACAUAUCCACAACCCAUACCCACAAAGAAAGUCAUCUUUCCGGCCAACGGCUCGGCGACAAAAGAUGUGCCGAACCAUACAGAAAACGAUCUUCCUACGUACAAUGAUUACGUGCACAACAGCAACGGUUACCCUGAAGGACAUGGUCUGGUUACCAUCAGGAUGAUCCCAGAUGAACAGGGCAGGUUUGGCUUCAAUGUCAAGGGUGGGGCAGAUCAGGGGAUGCCAAUCAUUGUAUCAAGGGUAGCACCAAACACACCUGCUGAUUUAGCCAUCCCUCGGUUAAAUGAGGGAGACCAAGUUUUAUAUAUAAAUGGUAGAGAUGUUUCACAACAUACACAUGAACAGGUGGUCAUGUUUAUACGAGCCUCCAGAGAAACCCAUUCAGGAGAAUUAGUGCUAAUAGUUCGCCCAAAUGUGUAUGUUGGAGAAGAACAAGCUGACCAGGACCCUGAUCUAGUAUAUAUACCUGACUCUCAUCAAAUCACUGGCUCUUUAACGGGAGCAAAUGCUUUAGAAAACUCACUCAUGUUAUUACAAGAAAGUUUAGAGAGUGGUGCUGCGCUGGCACAAUUUGAUCAAUUAUACAGAAAGAAACCUGGAAUGACAAUGAAUGCUGCCAGACAAGAUGCCAAUAUUGCCAAGAAUAGAUACAGAGAUAUAUCUCCCUAUGACCAAACUAGAGUAAUAUUAAAAGGACAGACAGAUUAUAUUAAUGCCAAUUAUGUAAAUAUGGAAAUCCCUGGUUCAGGAAUUGUGAACCGUUACAUCGCUGCUCAAGGACCUUUACCGGCUACGUGUACAGAUUUCUGGCAGAUGGUGUGGGAACAACACACAUCAUUACUUGUCAUGUUAACAAUGAAGAAUGAGAGAGGAAGGGUGAAGUGUCACCAGUACUGGCCUGACAUGUAUGAGACACUAGAUUAUGGGGCAUUACAAAUCACAUGUGUCAAGGAAGAUGAAUCCACUUCUUUUGCUUUUAGAGAAUUUAAUUUAACAAAUAUAGAGACCCGAGAAGAGAGACAUAUAUCACACAUGCAGUAUAUAGCUUGGCCAGAUCAUGGAGUGCCUGAUGAUCCUGCCGAUUUCUUAGAUUUUGUAAUAAAAGUACGGGAAAGACGACAGGGCAUGGUAGAACCAACGGUAGUCCAUUGUAGUGCUGGUAUAGGAAGAACAGGUGUUUUAAUUACCAUGGAAACAGCCAUGUGUUUAGUAGAAGCUAACCAACCUGUUUAUCCAUUGUCUAUAGUACGCCAAAUGAGAGACCAACGUGCUAUGUUAAUACAAACUGCUAGUCAAUAUAAAUUUGUUUGUGAAGCAAUUUUAAAAGUUUAUCAUGAAGGAAUAGUUAAACCUAUGGAAGAUUACCAACGGUGAUAUUAGCUUGGGAAGGACGGACGGUGAUAUUAGCUGGGAAAUGACAAACAUUUAAUAUGUGAAAAAAAAAGCAUUUUUAUGUGGACAAAAAUUUCUAAUGGAGGAAGUGUGAAGUCAAGGACAUGCCAUCUCAAUCAUGUAGAUGUUUGAUUUCAACAUUGAAUCUGUUAACAUGAUCUUCUGAAUGUUUUUGUGUCAGAAGAUGCUAAAAAGUGCAGUUAUUUUUGUUUUUAUAUUUGUGUAUUUAGAAACAUAUCUUAAAUUAUUAACAGACACAUUUCUAAUUGGUUGGAUGUUUGUUUUUAAAUGUCAGUAUGGAAAUAUUCAUGAAAAAGAGGAACUUUUAACAUAGAAAUUGUUAAGCGUUAUUGGUCCUCUUGGUGUUUCUGUAAGAUGUGUCUUUAGUGUUAUCUCAGGACUAUUCAAACGUUUAAUGGACAAGGAUCAUACUCAGUACAUCUGUGUCAAGCAAUACGUUUGUUGUUAUGAAUCUCCAUGGUUACCAGUGUUGUAUUUGACACCUUACAAAGGUCACCUAUAAUAUUUAUAUGUUGUCAUGGAGAUAUUGUCAGCCUUUUUAUUUCUCCACCUCUCGUGUGAGUUCAUUUAUUUUCCUUUCAUGAAACAGUCCCACAUAUUGUAUGUUCCUAACUUUAUUUUUUUAACUAGAUAUUGACCUAAAUGGCCAUACUGCUCAAUUUUUUAUCAUAAUGCCUAUAGCUUUCAUGUGAAUUGUUUGAUGGCAGUACCAGUGGACAUUUUUCAAACGAUUCAUUGUGGUGAAUACCAUUCCUCCAAAUGACAUUGAAUCUCUUGUCCAGUAUCAAGUCCAAUCUAAGAACAUUGAUAAAGACCUCGUUCCUUUAAUAAAUGGUUAUUACCUCCAUUAUAUCUUGUACAUUGAUCCUUUACCCACUCUAACAAUCAGAUGAUCGUUUGAACUAACAGGACUUUUAUUUGUAAAUGUCGUGAUAUGAAAACAUAAAACAUUAUGAAAGAAUAAUUUUGAAUCCAUCCCUGUAUACAGUAUCGGUUUCUUGUUUCAACAUUUAUCAUCAGGCCUAUACAAAACUAUAGUGAAACCCGAGUUCCAUCUAUAUCAGACCUGUUACAUAACUUUAAAGAACAAGUUGAAGUCAUCCUGUAAGUUCCAAAUGUUUACAGUGUACAAUAGUGAGGGAUGCUGUCCGUGUGUGUGAAGUGUGAUACAUGUAUGUGUACGCUUUAGAAAUUGUCAAUAACUUAUUAGUGCUAACUUUAAAGUAUCUAUGUUUGACAAAAGGGGGGAUGAUUUGUAUCAACCUGACAAUAACUACUAUAGGAUUUGAGAAAUGAGAAAAAUCAAAAAUCAAAAUUACCUAAAAUGAAAGUUGCCAUGGAAUAGUACUGAAAAAAAUUCAAAACUUUUUCACUGAUUAUGAUUUAUACCAGUAUAUAUGGAAAGUUGUUAUCUUUUUUUUUGACAAUUAUGUACAAUUUAUUUUGAAUUGUUUUCUCACAAACACUUUGAAGAACACAUUGACAAAUUGUCCUAUAGUUCAAUCAUCAAUGCUUUUGUUGUCUACUGAAUCGUACCUUUUUUUUGGUAUAUUUUAUUUUCAAGUAAAAAUUUGAUGCAUCAAAUCCCAUUAAAUUUUACAUGAAAAUAUGUUAAUCACACUGCAUUGUUUUUCAUGGGUAGCAUAUAUUCUAGGUACAGGGAUGCAAAUGAGCCAAUAAUAGUAAAAUGCAGUAUACAAUUCCCAAUAGUAAUCUUUCAAAUAUCUUUAAUGGUUUAAAAUAUUUAUAAUUUUUUUUUCUCAUUUGACAAAUCAGGAAUGUUUCUAAAUUAUUUGGUCAAAUUUUUUUAAGCUCAAAACUUUUAUUUGUUGCAUUAAAUCUGCUUGGCUUGCUUUUUAAAACAAAAAUUGGUGAAUAGCAAAUGGAAAAAAAAAAUCUUUAAAAAGAUUGCAAACAGUGCUUUGAUAUUAAAAAUACACAAUCUCUCUGUAGCUUAUCUCAAGUUUACAAAUUUUAGAAACUUAAAAACUGCAGUCAUGGUUUAAAUGAAAUCAUCAUAGAAAUGUGAUCAGGGAUUAAAAUAUAUUGUGAAAAAGUAUUAACAUGUCCAUGGAGAAACCUACGUAAUGUUAACUAUCAAAAUUCACAUUUUAUAAUAUAAUUCCUUUAAAACAUCUUGAAAUUACCAUUUAGUAGGUGGGAUUUUAACACAACUUUGUUGGAAAAAGGGAAUCGUCUGAGUACUAACAUAUUUUAAUGCAUUUUUACAAAAGAAUGCAUGAGAAUUGUAGGAUUUUAAUACAACUAAUAUCUUAUUCCAGAAAUAAAGAUGUAUAACAAAAAUGAUUCUUUCUCUUAUAUUGAUCUUCAAUCAAUUUAUAUCUCAUACUUUGAUUUAUUUUAUUGUUUCGUUACAGCAAAAAUUUGGUCACAAAAUUUUAACGUUGUACAACAUUUUUAUUUUAAUGUGAUUAUUUAUUACAAAGGUAACAUUUAAUGUAUAUAUUUUUAUAAUGUGUACAAAUGUGUGUGAGAGAACAUGUGUAUGUGUAUGAUACUCAUUAUGUACAUAUUGUCAUGGUUACAUGUUGACAUGGUAACGGUCGUAUGUUACAUUGUUAAUAGCGUCAGAAAUUCUAUAACUUAAUAAAAAGAUUGGGCUGUUUGCCAGGCAAUAUUAAAACAUCAUUAAAUAUUUUCUACAUA